CCGCUGCGCGUAGGAGCCUCGCGAGAGCGGCUCGUGAGGGCAGUAGCGGAAGCUCUCCCGGACACUCCUACUGAGGAGGAAGAAGCUUCGGAGGGGGGAAGAAGAGGGGGCCGCUCGGAGCGGAACCCUGGCGGGCUUGCGGGCGGAUUGGCCCUCGCUGACUCCCCCUGCCUAUGCGAAAGACGGAGCCAGAAGUUGAGCAGGAAGGGCAGCGCGGACGAGAGGGAAGGCUGGACCGGGAGCCCCCGGAGAAGCUUCAGGGAGAACUCCGUUCCUAUCUGCCCUCAUCACCAUUGCUGUCCACGAGCAUGGAAGCCGUCGCCAAAUACGAUUUCAAAGCCACCGCAGACGAUGAGCUCAGCUUCAAACGGGGGGAUAUCCUUAAGGUUUUGAACGAAGAAUGUGAUCAAAAUUGGUACAAGGCGGAACUCAAUGGCAAAGAUGGCUUCAUUCCCAAAAAUUAUAUUGAAAUGAAACCACAUCCGUGGUUUUUUGGGAAGAUCCCCCGAGCAAAGGCUGAGGAGAUGUUGGGCAAACAGAGACAUGAUGGUGCCUUCCUCAUAAGAGAGAGUGAGAGUGCUCCCGGGGACUUUUCUCUCUCUGUCAAAUUUGGAAAUGAUGUGCAGCACUUCAAGGUGCUUCGAGAUGGGGCUGGCAAGUAUUUCCUCUGGGUGGUAAAGUUCAAUUCUCUGAAUGAGUUGGUAGACUAUCACAGAUCGACCUCUGUCUCCAGGAAUCAGCAGAUAUUUCUUCGAGACAUUGAGCAGGUGCCUCAGCAACCCACGUAUGUUCAGGCUCUCUUUGAUUUUGACCCUCAAGAGGAAGGUGAGCUGGGCUUUCGCCGUGGAGACUUUAUCCGGGUCCUUGACAAUUCUGAUCCCAACUGGUGGAAGGGAGCCUGCCACGACCAAACAGGCAUGUUUCCACGCAACUACGUGACCCCAGUGAACCGGAACAUCUAGAGCAAAUUAUUAAAGAUUAUUUAAGGAAACAGGAGAAACAGUACACAUUCAGAAUCUAAGUGCAGCCAGUGAUCUCCAGUCAUCAGGCCAUAAAUCUGAGUCACCUCUCUGCCGGAGAGGGAACACUUUUCCCACCCCGCUCAGUAUGGAACUUUGUGGGGAGGGGACAGGAGAAGGGUCCAACUUGUGCGCCAAAACUUACCUUUUAAAUUAAAUAGCUAUUAACAGAUUUCUUCGGUUACUUCCGGGUGGCCCCUUUCGUUCGCUUGUCCUUUCUCCCCCAACGCUGACACACCAGUUCAUCAGUGCAUGAAGUUUUAAUGCUAUACGAAGUCCAUGCCAUGCCAUUCAAGGAAGAUAAGAGGGAGAAGCUCUGCUGGUGUUUGCUACUUAUGCAAACGGCCUUCAUGAAGGGACCGAGAAAGGAACCAAAUCCACUACCCAGUUUAAAAGCAAAACACACACAUGCCAUAUGCCAACUUUACUUUUGCCUUCAGUAUUUUGCCUGGGUAAGAUAGGGUCUUAAUUCCUCCUACAUACCCUCCCAUCUGAAAACCCAGCUGCUUCAGAGCAAAGGGAAGAAGGUGGGGCUUUUACCCCACAGGUUGCAGGCUGUCGUGACAAAUUCUCUGCUACGGCUAGAUCAUGCUCUCAUUAACCAUGACAGCUUUUAAAAUUUGUUUAAGUGUGUGGUUGAGCACAUGCUUCUAUUUUUCCAUUAGUGCCUUUCCCUCAUUUCCUUAUUCUUUUUUAAGUUAAAAGGACAGUCCAGAGCUUUCAGAUUUUUUUUCCUGCUUUUAUGUAAAUAUUUAAGGGGUUGAAUGGGAGGGAUGUAGCUUUAUUAUUAAAUACGAAGCCUUCCAUAAACCAGAUGGAGCUUUAAAAUGUGUAUAAGCAUCUGAUAUUCUUUAUUACCAGGUGGGGAAAGACAUAAAGUGUUCUACAAGAGGCAGGGCUAGGACCUGCAGCCAGGGGCCCUUGACAGAAAAGAGAGAUUGCACCAUUAUGAAGAAUGUGGCAUGUUGUAUGACGCUGCCAUGUGGUGGAGACUGAAUAUUCUGGGAUGUCCUGUGAUACUUUAAUUCCCCCC